CCAGUAGCGAAUGUCUCGCUCCACGAGCGGUUGUUUUUAAUGUGCGGGCGUGAAUUUUAAUAUUAUGGCCGCCGGAUUUGUCGGCUCUACAAAGAAUUUUCCAUUUUCUUUUGAUGUAGAUGUUGAAGAGGAAGAAAAUGAGAGAAGCACACCACAUCUCAGCAAAAGAAUAGGUAGUGAAAGUCCUACAAGUACUGUCGGAGCGGAGGCGCCACGAGAGCUCCCCAACGAGUUAUCAGCGCCCUAUGAAGUCCCACAGUUCCCGAUUGAGCAGAUUGAAAAGAAGCUCCUCAUACAGCGACAGCUUAAUGUCAAGGCUGCAGAAUGCGGUCAGUCAGCGCGGUCGUUCGCCGGCAGCGAGGCGGGCGGGGCGGCCUCCGUGCUGGAGGAGGCGGCCCGUCUGCGCGGAGACGACGAUGACUUCGAUGUCAUCCUGCCACACUUUCAGAGGGUGGCGAUAAGCGGCGAGGACACGUCGGGGGUGCCGCUGGAAGAUUUGCAGCAGGCGUCAUCGUACCUGGUGCAGGCGCUGGAGAUCCGCAAGCGGUACAUGGACAUGUCGCAGCAGAGCUUCGCCAGCAUCACGGCGCGCUUCCUGCGCAGCAUCGACUCGGAGGCCGCCGCCAACCACGCGCCCAUCGUACGCGCGCCCCGGAACCACAUCGCCGACCACAUCGUGCACCCUCCAUUCAAGGACAACAAGGAUCCCUGGGAAGGUCCGACGCCAGACGCGAAGGACUACCUGAUCAGACCAGACAACGGCGUGUUCAACUUAUAUAAGAAAACGGAGGACGGGGAGCAGAGGGUUCCCUACGACUACAUCAACUUGGCUCAGUACAUCCAGGACAAGAACACAAUGUGCAACAUGAUGUCCGAUGGUCCUCUCAAGUCGUUCUGCUACCGGCGCCUGAGCUACCUGUCGUCCAAGUUCCAGCUGCACGUGCUGCUCAACGAGCUGCGCGAGCUCGCCUCGCAGAAGGCCGUGCCGCAUCGGGACUUUUACAACAUACGGAAAGUUGACACUCACAUACACGCCGCAUCGUGUAUGAACCAGAAACACCUACUACGGUUCAUAAAGAAGACUCUCAAGACCCACGCAGACGAGGUGGUGACACUGCACAAGGGCACGCCGAUGACCUUGAAAGCGGUGUUCCAAUCCAUGAACCUCAGCACGUACGACCUGACCGUGGACAUGCUGGACGUGCAUGCGGACCGAAACACGUUCCACCGCUUCGACAAGUUCAACGCCAAGUACAACCCCAUCGGGGAGAGUCGUCUGCGGGAAGUGUUCCUCAAGACGGACAACUACAUGAACGGGAAGUACUUCGCGAGGAUCAUUAAGGAGGUGGCGUCGGACCUGGAGGAGAGCAAGUACCAGAACGCGGAGCUGCGGCUGUCCAUCUACGGCAAGAGCGCGGGCGAGUGGGCCAAGCUGGCCAAGUGGGCCAUCGCCUACCACGUGCACUCCGACAACGUGCGCUGGCUCAUACAGAUACCGCGCCUCUACGACAUCUUCAAGUCGAACAAGAUAAUGAACAACUUCCAGGAGUUCCUCAGCAACAUCUUCCAGCCUCUCUUCGAGGUCACCAACGAUCCCAACAGCAACCUCGAGUUGCAUAAAUUCCUUACUCACGUGGUGGGCUUCGACAGCGUGGACGACGAGUCGAAGCCCGAGAACCCGAUGCUGGACGCCGACGUGCGCUUCCCGCAGCACUGGGACGACGAGGAGAACCCGCCCUACUCCUACUACCUCUACUAUAUGUACGCCAACAUCACCGUGCUCAACCACUUCCGGAAGGAGCAAGGGUUGAACACGUUCGUGCUGCGACCGCAUUGCGGCGAGGCGGGCCCCGUGCAGCAUCUCGUGUGCGGGUUCAUGCUGGCCGAGAACAUCUCGCACGGACUGCUGCUGAGGAAGGUGCCCGUGCUGCAGUACCUGUACUACCUGGCGCAGAUCUACAUCGCCAUGUCCCCGCUCAGCAACAACUCCCUGUUCCUGAACUACCACCGCAACCCGCUGCCCGAGUUCCUGGCGCGCGGACUCUGCAUCACGCUCAGCACGGAUGACCCGCUGCAGUUCCACUUCACCAAGGAGCCGCUGAUGGAGGAGUACAGCAUCGCGGCACAAGUGUGGAAGCUGAGCUCGUGCGACAUGUGCGAGCUGGCGCGGAACUCCGUGCUCAUGUCGGGCUUCCCGCACGAGAUGAAGCAGUACUGGCUGGGGCCCAACUACACGAAGGAGGGCGUGGCCGGCAACGACAUCACGCGCACCAACGUGCCCGACAUCCGCGUGUCGUUCCGCUACGAGGCGCUGCUCGACGAGCUCACCAACAUCUUCAAGGAAGGAUUGUCGAGCCGCCGAUAAAUACACCGAGCGCAUACUACUUACAUAGCGUCGAUAUUAACCGAUUUAAUCAUGUCUGUACCCGACAUUAACAGCGGAGCCCCACGCAUCGGUAUCGGGGCGACCGAUACCGAUGUCAUAUAUUAAUAUAGGAUAAGAUUUCCCUCAAUGUGAUAAUUCGGUGACUGUAAGACAAGUGCCAUUCACUGUAGUUAGUUGCCACGGAACACAGAGUAUACUAGAGGUGACACGGACGCUAAUUAGGUACCGACUUGCACGUUACUUAAAGCCGCCUUCCCCUUCUAUGAAAUUAUGAUACUUUAGUUUAUAAAUAAUAUGAAUAAUAAUUUAUUAUCAGUUGAAAUAUAGAUCAAAAUAUUUGUGAAGUGAAACUUCUAUAGGCGCGCUAUAUAUGUGGAGGUUAGGCCGACUCGUGUGUCGCGGAAAACGGCACGGCGCUCUCUUAAGUCGUCGUGCUCCCUCUCCGCCGCCACUCCGUGUUUCCGUGUGUGCGUGCUGCAAUAUACUUCAUUGAUGAAUAUUAUGUUGUAUGUAGCCCAUUAAUAUACACAUCCCAUCAAGUAGUUUAAAUACAUUGAAUUUGUUAUUGAAACCAAAAUACACUUUAAUUAUGUAGACACAAGCAGUUCAAGAAUUACUGUCAAAAUUCCAAUUCUACAAAACAUCCAAUAUUAUUAAAAUUACAUUAUAUAUCAAUUUACAGUAUAAUUACUAAGCACGAUGUGUCUACUUAUUAAAUAAAAACAAUUCUUAUUUGAAUUAUAUCAAUCAAACAUGGCGCCCAUAUUUGUCCUUGAAAUUUCACGAUUCUUCGCGCGUAAACGCAUCUUCUAUUACACUCUCUGUUCCGUGGUCGUUAGAAUAACUUAGGCUAGAUGACUGACAAUAUAAAAAAAAAAAACAAAUUAUACAAUCGCCUUCCCCGUUGUUUGAUUUGUAGUUGACCUUUUUGUCUGUGAUCUAAUUUUAUUUAUUUCAACUGACGUUUCC